AUGAGCGACUCUGUCGACAACCACCAAAACGGCAAGCGACUGACAGUUGGGCUGGGCAGCAUGGUCGUUCUCCCUGAUGGCGAGCGCCGGAUGACGCGAGGGGCAGCACGAAGAACGUCUGGGUCGGACUAUGGCCUGGAAGCCACGAACAACACGGCCUCUGUGUCACCCCCAGCAACCCGACGGAACACGCGUGGGACCCGCACACCCGAGGCCAAGCUCACCCGGACGACGAGGACGAUGACGAGGAAGGAGAGCAUACGCCGCAUAACCAGAAGUGGCCGCGCUGUCAAGGCUGUGUCCUACCUGGACCCCAGUUCGGACCAGUCAGACGACCCCCAUCCACCCCGCACCCGUACCCGACGCUCCCAUCUCCCCAAUGAUUUUAUCACCGCCGACGAUGACGAAGAAGAGCUUGGCGAAGAAGACUACGGCGCUCGUCGCCUCCGACCCCGUCCCAAGCCCCAAAAGCCACGCAGACCACCACCUCCCCAGCCCAGCAUUCGCGCGAAAUGCGGCCCAGGCCUCCUCGCCAGACCCGUAACUCGGCCCCAUGACGACGACGACAUGGACCUCGACAUCGACGCAGAGGGCGAGGACGAGGAGGAAGAGGAAGAACAUGAAGGAGAGGAUGACUCCAAGCCUCGUGGAUACAGCCUUCGUCAGCGCAGACAAGUCAACUAUACCAUUCCCCAGCUACUCGACGUCGCCGACAAUGUCCGCAGUCAAGGUGUUAAACCAAAGGGAAAAGCUCCAGCUCGUCGCCCCCCUCCACGCAAGAACAACUUUGGCUUCUCCAGGAAUGGCACAGAACUCAGCAAACUGCUGGGAAUACCUUUGCCUGGUGUCCCAGGCUUUGACUCGGACUCGGACAAUCCUCCUACCUCGCCACACAAACUCUUUGCGAAUACUGCUGCUGGCGGUACUGGCGGUCUUCUUCCGGGUGGCGCUGGCAUGGUUGCUGGCGAUCUAGGUGGCAGCGGCGGACCAUCCAAUCUAGGCAAGUUCAACGCUGACUCGGACAUCAAUUCUCUUAAAGAGAUGAUUCAACUCCCUCUUCUCUAUCCUGAAAUCUUCCAACAAUUCAACAUUAUCCCACCUCGCGGCGUACUUUUCCACGGUCCCCCUGGUACCGGUAAAACUCUAGUCGCACGAGCCCUUGCUGCCAGCUCCAAGGCAGAUGGUAAAAGCAUAUCCUUUUUCAUGCGUAAGGGCGCCGAUUGUCUGUCGAAAUGGGUCGGUGAAGCAGAACGCCAGCUCCGGCUCUUGUUCGACGAAGCUCGCGCCUGCCAGCCCUCUAUCAUCUUUUUUGACGAGAUCGACGGUCUUGCACCCGUCCGAUCGUCAAAACAGGACCAGAUUCAUGCUAGCAUUGUGUCUACCCUUCUUGCGCUAAUGGACGGAAUGGACGGCCGCGGCCAGGUUGUUGUCAUCGGCGCGACUAAUCGGCCCGACGCGGUAGAUCCUGCACUCCGCAGACCCGGUCGAUUCGAUCGGGAAUUCUACUUUGGUCUUCCCAACCUCGACGCACGUAAGCGUAUCCUAGAAAUCAACACAAACGGUUGGAAGGGAUGGAUGCGACUGGCCGAAGUUACCAAGGGCUAUGGUGGUGCUGACUUGAGGAUUUACAAAUCAAGCGAACGCCUACUCGUCGAUCCAAAGACGAUCGAGGUCCAGCCCAGGGACUUUAUGGUCUCAGUGAAAAAAUUAAUUCCGUCCAGCGCACGCUCUACGUCGUCCCACGCUUCGCCGCUUCCUCAACACCUCCGACCGCUGCUCCAGCCAGCACUUGAUACAGUGGUAGCGACCCUCGAAAAAUCCCUGCCCAACUCGAAGAAGCGUAAUACGCUCGAAGAGGCCGAGUGGGAGUACGAUGACGCUGAUGGAGGAUGGGAGAGGGAAAUGAUCCCAAGCGCUCGAGACGAUGCGUGUGCACCGACCCAGGAUUUUGUUACAUGGUCCGUCAGGGAUGGGCCAUUCUCAGGUUGGGGCAGCUGUGUUGCAUUUCCUGGAGGGCUUUCAUGUGCAGAGUAUGGACUGGCUACGCUUGUCGGCGAUUCAACCAGGACCAUUGAAGCAGGAAUUGUUCAGCUGUUUGUCGAGGCCAAGCGACACAAGCCCGCUGUCAUUUACAUCCGUCACUCCUCGGCUGGUGCCAUGCUUAUUGCGUCGACCGAUCCUAUCCUUGUGCUCGCUAUCUGUGAUGGAGACCUGGCCGCUCUCCUCGGACGUGCGGGACUGGUUCGGCUUUUCUCGCGACAGUUAUGUGCAGAUCCUGUCUCCAACGGACCAACAGCGCUAUGCCUUUUUGCCGAGUUACUCGACACUGCUCGCAAGCCGCCCAACAUGUUCCCCGAUGCUGUCAAGCGCAAGAAACGUGUGCUGGUCUUGCCCGUAGCUCCACCACUGCCACCGCGCGAACCCAAGGCCGAGAUUGCAGCUCAAACAGAGGCCGACAUGCGGACGUUGGAGCAGGUCACGUAUCGCCUUGGACCCGUGCUUGGAGAGCUAAAGAAGAAAUUCAAGAGGUUCACAAAGGACGUCCGAGACGAGUACGGGAUCAACCCCGAGACGGGAUGA